AUUCCGUUUGUUUUUAUUUAUAAAAUUCACGUGUGCUGAAGUUCAACAAUUAAAAAAAUGUCACGAAUUGCUGCAGAUCUUGGCGACAGCGAUGUAACUCCUGGCUUCUGUCCAAAUUGCGGAUCAAUAUUUCCCCAAUUGAGACAAAGUGGCAACGUUAUUUGUUACACUUGCAAAAACGAGUUCCGACCAGAAGUUUUUGGAACAAAUGAAUGUGAAUAUACGUUGCAUUUUAAUACGUACCAUCCACCGAAGGAGAAGGAUCUGGUAGCACUGAAGAAGGAUCAGGAUGAAGAUGAAGGACCAAUUGUCGAACGGAAAUGCCCUCAAUGUGGAAACACGAAGAUGUCGUAUGCCACUCUCCAGCUGAGGUCUGCCGAUGAAGGUCAGACGGUGUUUUUUACGUGUACCAAGUGCAAGUAUAAAGAAACAGAAAAUUCAUAAAUAAAACAAAAUUUGUAUUUGAAAAAAACUUACCUGUAAUCAAUUGUUCACCCUGAUUUUUUUGACCGGCUGCGAUUCCGAUUGUCAUUCUGUGUGUUUUUUUCGAUUCAGACGGAUUGGUAGACGCUUGUGACAUUGAAU